UACGCGAGUUCUUUUUGAAAGAUCCUUCGCAAUGGCAACUUUAGGAGCUCGAUUAUCCGAAUCGGAAACUGUAUCUAAUGGAAUACACGUAGACGGAUUAGCGGAAUACCACGGAGUGGCCGAGGUAUUUUUAUUUACUUCCGAAUCCGUCGGAGAAGGGCAUUCCGAUAAAAUUUGCGAUCAAAUCAGCGAUGCUGUCUUAGACGCUCACUUAAAAGAAGAUCCAGAUGCUAAAGUGGCCUGCGAAACGGUAGCGAAAACAAAUAUGGUCCUCCUUUGCGGCGAAAUUACAUCAAAUGCCAUUAUAGACUACGAAAAAAUUGUCCGUCAAACAAUUCGGCAGAUUGGUUACGACGAUAUCUCUAAAGGCUUUGAUUACAAGACAUGUAACGUUGUGACUUCAAUCGAUCAACAGAAUCCUGAAAUUGCAAUAGGAGUUCAUCAAAAUAAGGAUGAGGAUAAUUUGGGUGCAGGAGAUCAGGGCUUAAUGUUUGGAUAUGCUACAGAUGAAACAGAAGAAAGUAUGCCCUUAACUAUAAUAUUAGCUCAUAAACUUAAUGCUAAAAUAUCUGAGCUUAGAAAGAAUGGCGUUUUAUGGUGGGUGAGACCAGAUUCUAAAACACAAGUCACCUGUGAAUACUAUUUUGAUAACGGUGCGGCCAUACCCACUCGUGUUCACACUAUAGUUAUCAGCGUCCAACACAAUCCUCAAGUCACGCUGGAGCAACUUAGUCGGGAUAUUAUGGAGCAUGUAAUCAAACAAGUUGUCCCUUCUAAAUAUUUAGAUGAUGAUACGAUUUAUCACAUAAAUCCAUGUGGGAAUUUUAGUAUUGGCGGUCCAAUGGGUGAUGCUGGUUUAACUGGGAGGAAAAUUAUAGUCGAUACUUAUGGAGGAUGGGGAGCGCAUGGUGGAGGAGCAUUUUCGGGAAAAGAUCCGACAAAAGUGGACCGAUCUGCAGCUUAUGCGGCACGUUGGGUUGCAAAAUCUUUAGUGAAGGCUGGAUUGUGCAGGAGAUGCCUAGUUCAAUUGUCUUAUGCAAUUGGCAUUUCUGAACCACUGUCCAUUGCAAUAUUUUCUUAUGGAACUUCUACUAAAACAUCUAGAGAGUUAAUAAGAAUAGUUAAGAACAAUUUUGAUUUACGGCCAGGAAAAAUUAUCAAAGAAUUAAAACUGAAAAACCCAAUUUAUCAAAGAACAAGUGUCUUUGGUCACUUUGGUCACGAUGAAUUUCCAUGGGAAGUACCAAAGGAAUUAAUUAUAUGAAAGCAAAUUGUUAGAUAUAAUGUAAGAAAUAAAUAAAUAUUAAUUCAUCUAAACUCUAUAAUAAUAUAUUUUCUCAUAAUAUAUCUGUAUAUUUUAGUUAUUCAUGUUUAUGUAAUUUGUAAUCAAUAAUAAAUCAUACAUAAAUUUUGGCAUGCAAA